UUUAAAACAACCUGCUUGUCACUGCACUUUGCUUUUCUCCUCUUACCUUGUUGGUAAAGGUGAGGUCGUCCUUUCCGCGGACCGGCUGCUGGUUGGCAACACAUCUUACAUUGUUUCAGUCGUGAACUCAGUCUCGAGGAACCGAAAAAAUGGCAGGACGCGAUCCGGCAACGAACCAACUGCACAGUUACAAGGAGAAACAAGGCUCUACUUCGAAGCUGACAACGGGCCAUGGAGCUCCGAUCGGCGACAAGCUCAACACCCUGACGGUGGGACCGCGGGGGCCCGUGCUUCUGCAAGAUGUCAGCUUCAUCGACGAGCUCGCCCACUUCGACCGGGAACGCAUUCCCGAGCGCGUUGUCCACGCCAAGGGCGCCGGUGCUUUCGGCUACUUUGAAGUCACGCACGACAUCACCAAGUACUGCAAAGCAGACAUCUUCUCAGCCAUCGGCAAGCGCACUCCUCUAGCCGUUCGCUUCAGCACCGUGGGCGGCGAGAGCGGCUCGGCCGACACGGCGCGCGACCCUCGUGGCUACGCCGUCAAGUUCUACACCGAGGAGGGCGUGUGGGACCUGGUGGGCAACAACACGCCCAUCUUCUUCAUCAGGGACCCCAUGUUCUUCGCCAGCUUCAUCCACACGCAGAAGCGAAAUCCGAGCACGCACCUCAAGGACCCAGACAUGUUCUGGGACUUUAUUUCGCUGCGCCCUGAGACCACCCACCAGGUCAUGUUCCUCUUCUCCGACCGAGGCACUCCUGAUGGCUACCGAUUCAUGAACGGCUACGGCUCGCACACGUUCAAACUGGUCAACGCCAAGAACGAGGCUGUCUACUGCAAGUUCCACUACAAGACUGCUCAGGGCAUCAAGAACCUGUCUUCCCAAAGGGCCGCGGAGCUGUCCGCUCAAGACCCUGACUACUCAAUCCGCGACCUGUACAACGCCAUCGCCAAGGGUGACUACCCCAAGUACAACAUGUCCAUUCAGGUCAUGACCUUCGAGCAGGCCGAGAAGUGGAAGUGGAAUCCGUUCGACCUGACCAAGGUGUGGCCGCACACCGAGUUCCCGCUGAUCCCCGUGGGCCAGCUGGUGCUGGACCGCAACCCGAGCAACUAUUUCGCCGAAGUGGAGCAGAUCGCGUUCAGCCCUUCGCAUUUGGUGCCCGGCAUCGAGCCCAGCCCUGACAAAAUGCUGCAGGGUCGCCUCUUCGCGUACGCCGACACGCACAGGCACCGUCUCGGCGCCAACUACCUGCAAAUCCCGGUCAACUGCCCCUACCGCUCCAGGGUGGCCAACUACCAGCGCGACGGACCCCAGUGCUACACGGACAACCAGGCUGGAGCGCCAAAUUAUUUCCCCAACAGUUUCAGCGGCCCUCAGGAGUGUCCCCGUGGAAAGGACACUUCCUUCAAGACUGUUGGCGAUGUCGGCAGGUACAACAGCGGGGAUGAAGACAACUUCUCGCAGGCAACCGAAUUCUGGAACAAGGUGCUCAAUGCCGACGAACGCACCCGUCUGGUCAACAACAUUGUCGACCACCUGAAGGACGCCGCUGACUUUAUUCAAGAUCGUGCCAUCAAGAACUUCGCGCAGGUUGACGCGACCUUCGGCAAGCGCCUGAGAGAGGGAGUGGACAAGCACAAGAGCUCUUCCCGCCGCUCUGCCAACUUGUAGAGUGCAGCGCACAAAAAAUGAUGCGCAUUCCUGCAUUUCAUUGAUGAUAUGGUGCUUCUAAAGUUAUGUCAUUGAUUUUAAGGUGCUGGUCUUAUGCUUUGUUAUAUCUGAGUCAAUUAAUGCAAGAUAUUUUGUUAUAUUUGUAUGAAAAUAAAUAUUGGAAUUUAUAA